AUGAGCUCCAGUAUAUACAUUUUACCCGGUGCCCGGACGCUCAGUAGUCUGGAGCUGGCAGACGGGCGAACCGGUGCGGAUUCUUUCCAUGCGGAACCAAAUGCCAGUGAACCGUCCGUACCUUACGACAAUAAUGCAGACCCCAGUGUGGAUUUGGUGGGACCUCUGCAUUUACAACUAUUUGCCCCGCAAACUAUGGCAUACUCUCAAGGUACGCAAGAACUCAUGCACACCGUCACGGACUACACGCGUGUGCUACCGGCAACACCCAUUCCAUCUUGGUUUCGAAUGUAUGCUCAGACAGGAGGAGGGCAUUUGCCAGGGAUGGAGAAUGAAACCAACUCAGGUUAUCAUGAACAGGAAUCAAAGCCACACUUAACAGAUGCACUCGCCCACACCCAGGUCUUCGACCAGAAUGCCAUUCAGAGUGAAUACACUACUUUUUCUGCGGCGUUAGGCGAGCACACCGAAACCCAACCAUCGCAUUCCAACUACUCUGUCACAAAGACGGCUGUUCGCCCAGCUUCAGCUUGUCUGCCUUUCGAUGGUACUGCAAAGAUGGAACCUGGUGCGACGGUACAUGCAAUCCUAUUUACUGACGGCGAAAAUAUCCCUCACCCAUCAACUACAGCUAGUCAGAAGGAGACAUUUUCAGAGGGAAAGGUUUCAUAUGAUCGGUGA